UCUGGGAAGAUGCGGGGCACAGCCGCGCCGGGCGGCAGAGGCAGGAGUGAAUGAGAGAGGAAUGAAUGAGGGACCGGUGGAUGCCUGAAUGGAGGGGUGGCCGGCGAGGUGGCGAGCCAGGAGGAACGAGCCUCUCCCUCCGCCCUCCGGGUCUCCGGCUGGGGGCUCCCCUCCCCGCCGGCUCCCCCCUCCCCGCGGCGCGCAGCCCGCCGGAGCCCGCGCCCAGCCACAGCCCGCGCCGGAGCCGAGCCAGCGGCGGCCACGCAGCCCUGGGAGGGGGCUCCGGGCCCCCUCCCCGCCCCUGCCCGGGAGCCGGACCUUCGGGGCCGGACGGCCGCGUCCCCGGGGCCAGGUGCACGGACCAACAGCCUAGGACGCCGGGGUCUUGCAGCCAACAGGAAGCUUGGGGCUGCGACCCUAAGGCCCUGGGUGCGGGGCUCUGGGCCCCAGGUCCUGGAGCAGAGGCCUGGCUGCCAGCCCUCCACAGGGCCCAGCAUGCUCCUGGGCUGCAAACGCACCUGAGCUCAUGGAGAACCAGACCCAGCUUCCCACGGGCCUCGGGGAACUGUCCCCCACACCUCCCGACUACGAGGACGAGUUUCUCCGCUACCUGUGGCGGGAUUAUCUGUACCCGAAGCAGUACGAGUGGGUCCUCAUCGCGGCCUACGUGGCUGUGUUCCUCGUGGCCCUUGUGGGCAACACUCUGGUCUGCCUGGCUGUGUGGCGGAACCACCACAUGAGGACGGUCACUAACUACUUCAUCGUCAACCUGUCCCUGGCAGACGUGCUGGUGACGGCCAUCUGCCUACCAGCCAGCCUGUUGGUGGACAUCACUGAGUCCUGGCUCUUUGGCCAUGCCCUCUGCAAGGUCAUCCCCUACCUGCAGGCCGUGUCUGUGUCGGUGGCAGUGCUGACGCUCAGCUUCAUCGCCCUGGACCGCUGGUACGCCAUCUGCCACCCGCUGCUGUUCAAGAGCACAGCCCGGCGCGCGCGGGGCUCCAUCCUGGGCAUCUGGGCGGUGUCGCUGGCUGUCAUGGUGCCCCAGGCGGCUGUCAUGGAAUGCAGCAGUGCCCUGCCCGAGCUGGCCAACCGCACCCGGCUCUUCUCGGUCUGUGACGAGCGCUGGGCAGAUGAUCUUUAUCCCAAGAUCUACCACAGUUGUUUCUUCGUGGUCACCUACCUGGCCCCCCUGGGCCUCAUGGCCAUGGCCUACUUCCAGAUCUUCCGCAAGCUGUGGGGGCGCCAGAUUCCCGGCACCACCUCUGCCCUGGUGAGGAACUGGAAAAGGCCUUCAGACCAGUUGGAGGAGACAGGGCAAGGCCCUGGCACAGAGCCCCCACCUCGGGCACGCGCCUUCCUGGCGGAGGUGAAGCAGAUGCGAGCUCGGAGGAAGACAGCCAAGAUGCUGAUGGUGGUGCUGCUGGUCUUCGCUCUCUGCUACCUACCCAUCAGCGUCCUCAAUGUCCUCAAGAGGGUGUUUGGGAUGUUCCACCAGGCCAGCGACCGCGAGGCUGUGUAUGCCUGCUUCACCUUCUCGCAUUGGCUGGUGUACGCCAACAGCGCCGCCAACCCCAUCAUCUACAACUUCCUCAGCGGCAAGUUCCGGGCGCAGUUUAAGGCUGCCUUCUCCUGCUGCCUGCCUGGCCAGGGUCCCUGCGGCUCUCCGAGGGCCCCCAGCCCCCGCUCCUCUGCCAGCCACAAGUCCUUGUCCUUGCAGAGUCGCUGUUCCGUCUCCAGAGUCUCCGAGCACGUGGUGCUCACCAGCGUCACCACGGUGCUGCCCUGA